UCGCUACAUUCUCAGGGAAUCCCCAUCUCUCCGAUGACAACAUCUCAGGAACUAUUUGUAGCAUUUUACUCAGCAAUGGAGUCUCAGACAUUAAACUGGAAAACCUGCCAGCGAUGAUAGAGAUCUUUUUGCCUCGUCCAAACGCUGCAGUGCUGAUGAAUAGCACUGCUGUGCUCAAGAAAAACACAAAAGCAGUGACCACAUUCAAUGUCACAGACCCUAAUGUGACCGUCAUCUUCAGCGUGGAGCCCAGUGUCAAUGUGUCACUGAUUCUUACCCUUUCUCAAGGGUCACGUCCCACCUCUACAUACUCCAACGCCACAGUCAUCUUGAGCCCAACAGGAGGCUACCGCUGGAUGAUAACCCCAGAGAUGUUACAGCAGACUCCUGGAGACUGGUAUAUUGACACCAGACUUAAUUCGUCAUCAGAGUUUGAAGUGACACUGGAUAUCACUGCUUUUAUGAGCAAGUGUCUUUACUGGCAUGAAGGGAAGAGGAUGUGGAGCACAGAUGGCUGCAUGGUGGGAGAGAAAAGCACUCCAGAGCGUACACAGUGCCUGUGCAACCACCUCACUCUGUUUGGGAGCUCCUUCUUUGUGAUGCCAAACUACGUGGACAUAUCUCGUACAGCAGAGUUGUUUGCCACUGUGACUGAGAACUAUGUUGUGCUGGCACUGCUGUGUGCUUUCUUUGGCCUCUACCUGAUCACUCUGAUGUGGGCCUGCUAUGCUGACCGCAGGUCUCGCUCUAAGAGAAAGAUGACGCUGCUGGAAGACAACCACCCAGGUGCUCACUACAACUACCUGAUCAGUGUCUAUACUGGCCACCGCAAGAAUGCUGGGACAACUGCCAAUGUAAGAGUCUUCUUUCAUUUGCAGAAUAAGGAUUUAUCUCUUUUUUAAAUAGCUCAUAGAAUAAUCCUUUCACUGAGAUUACCAUACAUAUUGGCUUAACACUCCUUGUUAGA